UUUUUUGCUAGUUUUGUUGAUGUAACUAAAAAUUUGUUUUUGUUUCAGUUAUCAUUUUCCCAGGAUAAUUACUUUACAGAUAAAAGAAUUCACGAAGAAGAAGCUGCUAAUAGCACACAACAAAGGCGACAAAUAUUUAGAGGAAAUAAGGAUGGAACUGGGAGAUCCUCCAAUAGUCGGCAGAGCAGUACUGAAAAUGAGCUGAAGUGGUCAGAGCCACGUCCUUGGAGCAGUACAGACUCAGAUAGCUCAAACCGCAAUCUGAAACCAGCAAUGACAAAAGCUAGCAGCUUUAGUGGAAUUUCUGUACUGGCAAGAGGUGAUAGCUCUGGUAGCAGCAAAAGUACAGGCAGGCUUUCAAAAGCAGGUUCAGAGUCUUCUAGUAGUGUAGGGUCAUCCACGGGUUCCCUCUCUCGCACCCAUCAACCUCUUCCAGUCACAGCUAUGAGCCAGACUCAUGGUGUGCCAGCCGUCUAUUCAGCUGUCAACACUAGUAAUUCUCUUUCCUUUGAUGGUGGCAUGAGUGGGCAAGUGAUUCCUACUAGCACUAGCUUCUUUUUGCUUCCCUUGGAAGCUGCAGGCAUACCACCUGGCAGUAUUCUCGUGAACCCUCAAACAGGUUGGUAUCCAGUGCUGGGAUUUAUUUGAAAUGUUUGUAAUUGG